AUGGAGAGAUUUCAAGGAACAGGUUUACCAAAUGAGCAACAAGCUUCAUCGCUCCCUCAGCAGCCAGAGCAUGGAGUAAUUUGCUCCAGAACCAACACUUAUGAAGUGCUGGAGUUCUUGGGCAGAGGCUCAUUUGGGACUGUGGUGAAAUGUUUGAAAACAGGAACAAACGAACAAGUAGCCAUCAAAAUCUUGAAGACCGAGCCCUACUUUGCUCGGCAAGGUCAGAUUGAAGCAAACGUCCUGUCCCUGCUAAAUCAGCAUGACCCAGACAAGUUUAAUAUUGUGAAAACCUCCGAGUGUUUCCAGUACCAGGGUCAUAUGUGCCUUGUGUUUGAGCUGCUGCAGCAGAGUCUCUAUGAUUUCAUGGAGGAAAACAGGUUUAGGCCGAUGGCUCUGGAAGACAUUCGACCUGUUGUGCAGCAAGUGGGCAUCGCUCUUAAAAAGCUGACAAGUCUGGGGAUCAUUCACACGGACUUGAAGCCCGAUAACAUAAUGAUGGUAGACCCUUCCAAGCAAUCAUCCAAGGUUAAGGUGAUAGACUUUGGAUCGGCAUGUCAUGUGUCCAAGGCUGAAUGUAAAAGCUAUCUGCAAACUAGAUAUUACAGGUCCCCCGAAAUUAUUUUGGGAUUACCCUUCACAGAGGCAAUCGAUGUAUGGUCACUGGGGUGCAUCAUGGCAGAGCUUUUCCUAGGACGCCCUUUGUAUCCUGGAGCAUCUGAGUUUGAUCAGAUCCGCUAUAUCUCCCAGACCCAGGGUUUGCCGGCAGAACAUUUGCUGAACAGGGGAGCAAAGACUCAAUAUUACUUUGAUAAGUAUGAUGAGUCUCCAUCUAAAUCCUGGAGGUUAAAGAUUCCCGAUGAUUUUGAAAUGCGGACCGGGAUUAAAUCAAAAGAAACUAGGAGAUACAUCUUCAAAAGUCUAGAUGAGAUAGCACAGAUGAAUAUAAGAUCUGACCUGUCGGGCAUUGACAGACUGGUGGAGAUGGCUGAUAGGGAGCAGUUUAUUGAUCUUCUCAAGAAAAUGCUGUGUAUCGAUGCUAGCAAGAGGAUCACUCCCACCGAGAUUCUCAGCCAUCCAUUCAUCACUAUGUCCCAUCUUCAGGGAUUUAAACACAGUUCUCAUGCAAAAUCAUGCUUUGAGGCCAUGCACAUCUGCAACUAUCUGGUGAGUAUAUAUUACAUUGUGAAUUAUAACAGAAUUACAUUAUAUUAA